UCAAACCAUUUUCUUCAUUGAGAGUAACGGUUUGUUUUCUUAACAUUUCUAUUAUUUAAUUGAUUGUUCUAAAAAUUUUCUAUCCUUAAUCAACUUUCUAUCUAAUUAAUUUACUUGCAAAGAGGCAGCAUUUUGGAAAACCGAACACUAUCAUUAAGUACAUCUUUCAAUGGGAGCUCGAAAUCGUAAAGCUGGGGCUAAAAUUGGACAUUCUAAGGCUCAUCAUCACCACCAACAGCAACAAUCAUCAUCACAUCAUCAACAACAAUUGAAUACACAGGUAAAAUCUGGUUCGAUUGGAGGCAAGGCUAAAGCAAAUGAUGGACCAGGAGGAGGCCUCCAACAUCCUCAACAACAACAUUUGAAAAAUCGGCCUGGUACUUUUACCCUUCAACCAUCAACAGCUUUUAAAGCUUUUCUUUCCGCGAGACUUUGUUAUGCCAUUUGGAGUAUAAUCACUGAUUGUGAUGAAACCUUCAACUAUUGGGAACCAAUUCACUAUCUCAUCCAUGGUAAAGGUUUCCAAACUUGGGAAUAUUCACCAAUAUAUGCGAUCCGGUCCUUUGCAUAUUUAUGGUUCUAUGCACUACCUGCAUUGUUUUAUACUCAUUUACUUCCAAACAACAAAAUUCUAGUCUUUUAUGGUACUCGGUGUUUCCUUGCAUUAUUUUGUUCUCUCUGUGAAACAUAUUUUUACAAAGGUAUUAUCCGUCAAUAUGGCCCUAGUGUUGGUCGGUUUGCCUGUAUUUUCAUGAUACUGUCAAGUGGAUUAUUCAUUUCAUCAACUGCUGUCCUGCCCAAUACUUUUUCAAUGUAUAUGGUUUACAUUGUUCUUGGUGCUUGGCUACAACAACACAACCGGAUAACGAUACUUGGUAUGGCUUUGACAACGCUCAUCGGAUGGCCUUUCUCAGCGAUCACUUGCCUCCCUAUUGCGUUUGACUUGAUUGUUCCUCGAAAAAAAAGAUUCCAGGUUAUCAAAUGGAGCUUAAUUAUUGGACUAUCUGUGAUCUUACCAUUGAUUGCAAUCGAUUCUUACUAUUAUGGUAAAAUUGUAAUUGCUCCAGUCAACAUCGUGCUUUAUAAUGUUUUCACCUCACAUGGAGCUAAUCUCUAUGGAACUGAACCUUGGUAUUUUUAUUUACUUAAUUGUUUGCUCAACUUUAAUUUUGUCUUUAUCGCUGCUCUAAUUUCUGCGCCAAUAAUGCUUAUUUGCAAAUAUCUAAUAAGAUCACGUCGAAUCACCGUCAAUUCAUCUCACUGGAUUGUCCUCUCUUCAUUUAUCCUUUGGUUUACUUUGAUGUCAGUCCAAGCCCAUAAAGAGGAAAGGUUCCUCUUCCCUGUCUAUCCAUUUAUCUUUAUUUUAUCUGGUUUCACCUUUGACUUUAUCCAUCGAGCAAUUCAAAGUUUGACACCAAAAUUGUCAUCAAUCUAUUCUAUCUUUGUGAUUAUCUUCAUGCUUGUUUUCUCAGCUCUAUCAAUUUCUCGAUCCCUUGCUAUUUACAAAGGCUAUCAUGCACCUAUGGAUACGUUUAUGCAUCUAUCUCAAAUCGAUCAGCAACUUGGAGAAACGAAAAAUAUCCCAAUCAAUGUCUGUGUUGGAAAGGAAUGGUAUCGAUUUCCUAGUAGCUUUUUCUUACCUUCUUCUGACCGGUGGCAAUUACAAUUCAUCCAAUCUGAUUUCCGCGGUCAACUACCCCAACCCUUCAAGCAAGGGCAUUUAUCUACUCGAAUUAUACCCGAAAACAUGAAUGACCUAAACCGAGAGGAACCUUCUCGUUAUAUUCCAGUAGAGAAAUGUGUCUUCCUGAUUGACUCAGAUACACCUCGGGCGACGCCACGUGAACCCCAAUACUCGAAAGACACUAAGAAUUGGUCAAUAGUCAGAUCGGACCUUUUACUGGACCACGAAUCAUCACCCAAUCUUUGGAGAUCUUUCUACAUACCCUUCUUAUUUUAUGGAAAAAAUUCUUUCAUCAAUUACAAUCUUCUUCAAAACAAGAAUAUUCAAUUGAAUUGAGAUUAUCCCCUGAAAAGAUAAACUCUCCUUGGUUUCACUUAAAUUUGUCAAAAACAUUAUCAUCAAUCCUACACCUCUAUGUCAGUGAUUUAACAUCACAAUUCAACGAUCUCAUAAAUGCUCAACUUAUAUCUUUUCACCUUAAUUAUUGUAACAUUUUUCUCUUCUACUCUCUUUUCACAUUUCCCUUUUUCUCAAUCAAUUUUUUCUGGUCUACUCAUCCACGUAUCAUCCUCAUCAUCCCAGGUAAAUCACAUGUUAGGUACCAAAUUACAUCUCAAUCACCAACCAACUUUAAUGACAAAAUCAAACGUUAUAUCUAUUAAUCUUAUGUAAAAGUAAUUGAGAUAUUAAUCAUUGUCAUAACCAACAAUUAACCUUUCGAAGCAAAAAAAAAAAAGUUUUGCAAACAUUUAA